AUGGACCUAGGUUAUGUGGUCGUAACAGUUGACCUCAUGACCGAGAAUGCCGUGCAUAAUCUUACCAACAGGACACUUGAGAAUGGCUACCUUCAGAAGGAUCUCUCGGUGAAAUGGGUGCUUACGGUCAUCAAAGACUCAAACUUGGCAGAAACCGUUACGGAGUGCUCUGGAAUCGAGGUGCUGCCAUCAGACAUCACUCACCAUUUUGGCAAGCUGUUGGAAGAUAAAGAGGAAGCAGACAACACUUUCACCGUCGGAGGGGAGACCUUCUGAGGCACAUAAGAUUUUGCUUGCGGGGCAAUGAGGGAGGCGAGGAUGCUGUAUGUGGUCAUCAAAGACAUGCAGCCCACUGUUUUCAAGGCUCUUCAGAAUUUCAUCUAUACCGAUUCACUACCUGACUUUGGUGAUCUUGUGGACAUUAUCGGGCAUUUACUGGUGGCUGCUGAUUGGUAUGCCAUAGACAGGCUCAAGCUCAUUUAUCAAGACAUCCUUUACAAGAAUCUUGAUGUGGAGUAUGGGGCGAUUACAUUUGCUUUAGCUGAUCAGCACAGCUGUGAGAAGCUGAAGGAUGCUUGCAUUCAGUUUAUUACCUCUGCAGAUAGGAUGGAUGCACGGUUAUGCAAGUCUCGAAGAUCUCAGUCUUCUGUCUUAGUAGACGUGUUCGAGAAGACAAGGAGGUUUGAGCAGAGCAUAGAUUCUCAAUUCUAG